AUGGUAGCAAGGGGCAUAAUAAUUGGGUCCUUUCGGUUGCCUGGUCGCAAGAUGGGAACCGACUCGUAUCGUUGUCGCAGGAUAAUACAGUCAGGAUCUGGAAUCCGGCACCGAUCGGUGCGAAGCUCCAUAUCGGCUCGCCUUAUUUCCGAUUUGAUAAAGUCAACUUCAAUCAUCUUCACACGAUCAUGGGUACAUACAGUACAUCCCCUCGUCCUGUCACGUCCACACCUCACUGCUCAACCUCCCUCCCAGAAUGAAUAUGAGUAUGGUUUGAACGACGACCAUUCCUGGAUAACCUAUAAACGAGUCAACCACCUACAUCGAUGGGCCAAUCCCUCUCUUUUCGUUAUUUCUGCAAAGACAUUGGCGAUCGGCUUUUCAGGUAAUGUUAUAGUUCUCGCGCUCUCAGAACAGUAA